AUGCCGCUGAGCCAAGUUGAAUCGAUCUCAUCCAGCGAUGACAACUAUACAAUAGUGGCACCAGUUGCAGAUCGGGCCCCCAUCGGCCGCGCUCACUCAGUUAGGAAACAAUCAUCACGCCCGAAAACUGUCUACCAAUUAGCCCACCCGGCGGCCCACGCACGCCAUCGGCGGCUGAAACUUCGACCAAAGCUUCUUCUGCAGCUACAGAGAGUCUCUCAGACAUCACGGCCCCUGCCUGUCUUGGAUGUGCUACCAUCAACAGUUUUCCUGCCGCGGUUGGCCCGCAAAUUUCCUACAAUUUUCAAAGGGAAGAAAGGACUAGGACCGAACGACCUUAUCGUCGUGACAAGCGAUCUGUACGAACGAACGGUAGGAGAUAUCGCAGACAAGUAUCUCAGCUCGGACGAAGAGAGCCAGGAAAAUCGGGAGGUUAUUGCGACGAUCUGUCAAAUACUCAGAGAGGAUGCUUUGUCCCAGGGGAGAGCGGAAAUAUGUCUGAGCUCUGGUCCGGCCUGGGAGGCGAUCCCGUUGCCCAAUGGUUCAUAUGAGUUUAGAGCGCAGACGGAUCAUGGGGUGCAGGUUUUGCGUUGGGUCUCGCGUGGAGCGAAAAGUCGCCGUGUAUCGGCACCUCCUGGUGGUUCUCUGCACGAGGACGGCAAACGUUUUACAUUCAGUGUUAUCAACCCUAAUACCCGCCGACAUCCCGUCAUCGCAUCGAUGACUCGCAAUGUCCUUGAAGUGUUUGACGAGUAUUCUAUGCCUUCCGACCCCACUCUUUCACCUACCUGUGGCAUGUCGGUGGUCAGUGACUCGUCGGAAUUGGACGCGCCCCUGGACCAAGAAGUGAUCAAAACGGAUGAUAGUCUUCGGACAAUCAUUAUCCUGACUGCAAUAUGGGUGGCAUUCAGAGAAGGCUGGUCGCAAAGUUUCACCUAUGAUGACUCGGCUCUAAUGUUAAACCCGAAAGGGAUUUGUUCGCCCGGAGUGUCAAGACAGAGCUCUCCAACGGCCGUAAGACCACCGGACGAUUUUCUUUCUGAGCAACGGGACACGUAUUUGGACGGACCGGUGCUCAAUAAAACCGCGCAUCGAUCGUCGGUGUCGAGUACAUUUCCGUUGCAAACACCAGGUCCUUCUGAGCGUGCCAGAUCGAUGAAGUACGCCAGCUUACCAAAACGCUCAAGGUCUACGGGCGCCGCUUUUAUUGAGCAGUCCAAUAGGCGAAGUGUCUCCGGGCUGGAAACCCAACCCAAUAGACAUAGCAUGUUUCCGGGGACGCAGGAAUUAGGCAACACUGACGCGACGGAAACUCAUGUCGCUGGCGGGUCUUCUCGCCACAAAAUAGGCGAUUUCACGACUUCUGGCGGCCCAGACACAGCGCCAGACAAGUCUACUGAUACGAGACGUCGGUCACGGAAGCAUUCGACGGCGUCAUCGGAAAAGGCCAGCAAACUGCUUGAAACCCGAGCGGUAGACUCUGCCCCGCCCAAAGGAAAGCGCCGACAUCGAUUAAGCGGGUUCUUUGAGUUCUUCACGAAAAAAAGCGGACACCAUUAA